AUGGUAAUGGCAGAGAUAGGUGGCCCCUUGGCACACCAACUGAACCCUCUGCAGAACCACCGGGGAGGAUUGGUGCAGCCGUCGCUGGUCAUGAACCAUCACCUGGACCCGCUGGACAACGGGGGCGGAACGUGUCAUACGCCGAAUAUACUACCAAAAAAGGAACGUCUCUCGCUGUGCGUCGGUUGUGGCGGUCAGAUUCACGACCAGUACAUCCUGCGAGUGGCGCCGGACCUCGAGUGGCACGCAGCGUGCCUCAAAUGCCAAGAGUGCCGGCAAUUCCUGGACGAAAACUGUACCUGCUUCGUGAGGGACGGCAAAACGUACUGUAAGCGAGAUUAUGUUAGGUUAUUUGGUGCCAAAUGUGAUAAGUGUGGAAACUUCUUUAGUAAAAACGACUUUGUGAUGCGGGCGAAAACGAAAAUCUACCACAUAGAGUGCUUUCGGUGCUCCGCCUGUACGAGGCAAUUGAAUCCGGGUGAUGAAUUUGCGCUGCGUGAUGGAGGUUCCCUGUACUGCAAGGAAGACCACGAUAUUCUGGAAAAAUCAACCCACAACAGUCUGGUGCAAGGCGUUGAGCCUAACAACAACAUCAGCAGCAACACCAAUCAGAAUAGCAGCAGUAACAAUAACAACAAUAACAACAACAACACUAGUUUAAGCAAUAACAAUCACUCGAGCGAACUUGGGUCGAUGUCGGACUCCGGGAGCGAAUCUGGCUCACACAAGAGCAUGCGAGGUAAGGGACCCAGUGGUCCCUCUGACGGAAAACCAACCCGAGUGAGAACGGUGCUCAACGAGAAGCAACUGCAUACCUUAAGAACGUGCUACAACUGCAAUCCCCGGCCCGAUGCACUGAUGAAAGAGCAAUUGGUAGAGAUGACCGGUCUGUCGCCACGCGUCAUACGAGUCUGGUUCCAGAACAAGCGCUGCAAGGACAAGAAAAAAACAAUCCAGAUGAAGCUGCAGAUGCAACAGGAGAAGGAAGGUCGAAAACUUGGCUACGGGCUGCAGGGAAUCCCGAUGGUUGCCAGCUCUCCGGUGCGACACGAUUCACCGCUGAACCUGCACGGGCUCGAGGUUACCGCCUAUCAGCCCCCGUGGAAAGCGCUGUCCGAUUUCGCGCUGCAUUCCGAUUUGGACAACAAUGGCGCGAUAAACACCCACACACCCGCAUUCCAGCAUCUAGUCAAUCAGAUGCACGGCUACGACGUAGGUGUCGACGGAGGCGGUGGUGGCGGUGGCGGAGGCGGUAUGCCCCCGAUGCCACCGCAAGGACAGGGUCCACCGCUCGUGUCUAACAUGGACGUCAGUGGUCACCAUCCCGACAGUACGGAUUCCUACGUGACAUAUCUGGAGAGCGACGACAGCAUACAGGGCAGCCCGUAA